GUGGCUGCCGAAGCAGAAAAGCGGGCGGACAGUUGCUCUGCCACACGAAGUACAGCUUUCCCAAAGUGUAGUUCUUACCUUUAGAGGAUUAUCAUAUACAUAUUUUUAAAAUCAAAACAGCCAUUAAAGCCACAUAGAGCUUGUGUAACCGUGACAUAUUAGAGGAAACCUAAAGCGCGAGGAUGUUGGUCCCCGCGGGAAGAUAAUGAAGAGGCUGCGCGUUUUGUUGGUGAGCCUCAUCGUAGCUCUCCUGUGCUGGUUCCCCAGUCAACAUGUGUUUUGUUCAGAGCGGAGCUUGCCUGGAUCAGGUCCUUCUGCCCAGGACAAAGAACCAGAAAGCCUUGAGCAGGACUCCACACAUAACAAGGAGUUUGAAGAAUGGGCGACACAUACUUCUUACAAAAUGGGAUUAGAGACGGAGAAUGCAGCACAAGCAAAGCAAGAAUACAUACAUCAUGAACAGGUGUCUUAUGUAACUCUUUGUGCAGUGCGGGUUGCCAGUGCAGGAGAUGAACUCCCAGUAGACAGCUUUGUGUUUGCUGAGCACUCUGAUUCACAGUGCAGGGUCAUUUCCCACAAACUGGCAACCUGUGAAAACUCCCCUAUUGGUCGCCCUCUCCUCAGUGAAGAUGAGCAGCUGACAAGCCAGAGUUCUGAUGUAGAUGUAGAGGUGAAGUCCAAUCCAGAAGUCACAGACUUCAAACAGCAGGAACAACAGGAGCUGGACCUGAAGGACAAUGCGUCCCUCCCCCGUCAGGAUGAGUUGCAGAUGGGGGAUACUGAGGUCAAAGAAGCUGAUCCUUCAGUACCCAGUAAAGAUGACUUCCACACCUUUGAUGAGUGGAGGAAGCAAGUUAUGGAGAAAAGUCAGACUCUCCAUACCUCAACUAGCGGCAGCCCCCAUCCAGUGAAGAAGAUUCAGAAAAACUUCAAGAAUAAUUACGCCUCUGUGGAGUGUGGUGCCAAGAUCCUCUCUGCCAACAACGAGGCCAAGAGUACUUCAGCUAUACUUAUUGAAAAUAUGGAUCUUUACAUGUUAAAUCCAUGCAGCAACAAAAUCUGGUUUGUGAUCGAGCUCUGUGAGCCCAUUCAAGUCAAACAGCUAGACAUUGCCAACUUUGAGCUUUUCUCAUCCACACCUAAAGACUUUGUAGUUUCCAUCAGUGACAGAUAUCCCACAAACAAGUGGGUAAAACUAGGUACUUUUCAUGCCCGUGAUGAGCGAAUAGUCCAGAGUUUUCCACUGGAUGAACAGCUUUAUGCCAAAUAUGUGAAGAUUGAACUCCUGUCCCACUUUGGGUCUGAACACUUCUGUCCCCUCAGUCUCUUCAGAGUGUUUGGUACCAGCAUGGUGGAGGAGUAUGAGGAAAUAGCGGAUUCUCAGUACCCCUCAGAGAGACUAGAAUACCUUGAUGAAGACUAUGACUAUCCUCCUGGCUACCAGCCUUCUGAGGAGAAGGCCUCUAAAAACCUGCUUGGUUCAGCAACCAAUGCCAUCCUUAAUAUGGUAAACAACAUCGCUGCAAACGUGCUGGGGGGCAAGCAAGAACUAGAAGGUGAAGCAGAGACGGGAGGCAAUACAACAACAGAGGGGGGUGAAAAUGAGAUCACAGAAGUUAAAGCAGAACCUGAUGAAGCUCUUCACGACUCCACAGUAUUUGAGCCUUCACAGUCAGAAGAGCCUGUAACUAAAGAGUCCUUUGUCUCUGACGACUCCCAAUUAUCUGAGUCCCAUGAGGAUAGACAGAUUGUUAUACUUGUAGAGGAGGAGGAGGACGAAGAUCUUAACCAAUCUACUGUCAUUCUGUUGGAGGAGGAGGGAGAGGAAGAAGAAGAAGAAAAGAGGGACGAUAAAUCAAGAAGGGAGGCUGACAGGAAUCAGUGGGAGAGCCAGACAUACUGUCCCUUCUCCUCCCUGUCCUCGCUGUCUCUGUCCUGCGUGGCCACGCUGCCAGAGCUGCUUCAUCGCUGGUGCUCCGCCCGGCUGGCCAAGGAGAGGCUGCGCAGCUUCAGGAAGAGGCAGCUCAGCUCUCAGACACUCGUUCACCCUGAUGUGCACAGCCCUGUCCCCACACACACCCCUCCACCAGUCCUGACUCCUGCACCUCCUGAACAAGCUCUUCCCCUCACAGAACAAGCUUCAGAACUUGAGGUGCCUUCUGGGGGCCCCGAUGAGGGGACACCUCUAAGUGAAGUACACACUGCCGAUGUACAAAUGAACACUCAGUCACCUGAUGCUCACACUCCAGACAGCAUCCUCCUCGAGCCCAGUAAAGCCUCUACCAUCCCCACUAACAGUUUCUCAGACUUUCAGAGCACCCUGGUGCAGCCCACCCCCACAUAUGAGGAGAGGCCGUCGCCUACUGAUACAGAUGCAGCCCUGGACCCCGUCCCCACACCACCCCUCCAAACCGUCUCUGUUCCAGAGACCCAGCAGGCCAGCAGUGCCGCUCUGACUAUAUCUGUCAGUUCUCCCUCUCAGCCUCUCUCUUCUGAGAAAGUAUUUUCUAGUAUUGUGGUUCCUUCGGUCAAAGAUCAGCCCGUUUUGUCUCAUCCCACUGCAUCAAGACCUGAAGACCUCACCCCGUCUCCCACUGAGGGACCAGCAGUGCUCCUGCCACCUGACAUCCACACAGACUCAUCAGGUGAAGACAAUGGUGGGGACAUGCAGAGACAAAAUAUUCAGGCUCCUCCACUUCAGACGGAGCAAGGGGACACAUUGUCACAGACAGAGCCCCAUCAGAUAGACGACACUGUGGAGGGGGACCUGCUAAACACUAGUGGGAACCAACGAACUGCCACAGACUUCUACGCAGAAUUGCAGAACGGAGUGGAUUACAACGGUGGAACAGGAAGUGGGAACGGCAUCUUGGUAAAUGGAGGAGCGGUUCACGGGUCCAGUCAGAAGGAGAGCGUCUUCAUGAGACUGAACAACAGGAUCAAAGCUCUGGAGAUGAACAUGAGUCUGUCCAGCAGAUACCUGGAGGAGCUGAGCCAGAGGUAUCGUAAACAGAUGGAAGAGAUGCAGAAAGCAUUUAAUAAAACCAUCAUCAAGCUACAGAACACCUCCCGCAUUGCUCAGGAGCAGGACCAAAAGCAGACCGAGUCCAUCCAGAUCCUGCAGAGUCAGCUGGAGGACGUCACCAAACUGAUGCUCAAUCUCACAGCUACAGUGAACCAGCUGCAGCGUGAGGUAUCUGACGGUCAAAGUUACUUGGUGGUCUCUGUGGUUCUGUGUCUGCUGCUGGGACUCCUGCUGUGUCUGCAGUACUGCCGCAGCUCAUUUCCAAGUCCCAAAACCACCACCGUCGCCCUCCCAAAGAGCAACCACUACCCUAGCCCCAAGAGAUGCUUCUCGUCCUAUGAUGACAUGAGCCUGAAACGCAGGGUGGCCUGCCCGCUUGUCCGCUCCAAGUCAUUCCAGUUGUCCCCUACAGAAGUAGGUCCAGAUGACUUGUUCAUUGUAGAACCUCUAAAGUUUUCUCCAGAGAAAAAGAAAAAACGUGGUAAAACAAAGUCCCUGGACAAAGUCGAGACCCUGAGAUCGUUUGACCGCUCUCUGACCCUCACAAAUGGAAUUCUGAAGUGUAAUGGCUUCCACCCAAGCCUCCCUGCACCCCCACCUCCUCCCCCUGCCUUACCUGCCCCACCUCCUCCUCCUCUUCCCCCUCUGCCUCCUCCUCUUCCAUCUUCAAACGAAGCGUCAUCUUUGCCCCCCUGCCCCUCUAAAGAGUUUCCCUCAGAAACCAGUAGCUGCAGCUCGUCCACCCACUCAGAGGAGUCGUACACAAGUUGCCUCCCCCUCCCCUCUCCCAUCUUCACCCCUGCUAGCUUGUGCAAUGGCCAUGGCCUUUCUGUUCCCCUCAGUCAGUUCCCUGCUAAGUCCCGUCAGGAGAAGCGCUCGACGAAGCGUCGGAAAUCUCGACAGACAGAGUUGCAGUUCCCUCAUGAACCAGGGGGAGACAUCAGCUCUCUGCCCAGUCUGCAGCAGCUCAUGAAGGGAAACAAGGAAAUAAGCGUUGGGACCAUUGGGGUGACAGCCAUCACCGGACACGUCUGAAAUCGCACACUUCACUGCUACACAACAUCCUGUUCAUUUUACAUUAGCAGACUGGAGUGGAGAAUUUGUUCUUGAAAAUCCCAAAGAACUACAUUUCCCAUGAGCACCGAGGCACACCAUUGGUCAUGAGUGGAUUUAGCAUUAUUAGCUUAUCAUCCAGCCCCAGUUCACUCCUGUAAAAGUACUAUUUACGGUUCUGUGCCUUUAUUUCUGUUCGACACAUUUUAAAUAGUUAAAAACUUUAAAGGGUUAGAGAGUUGUUGAUGUUCAAAGAGAGACUCUGCUGUGAGCGGAGACACAUUGGUACACAUCAACUCCAUCAGAAGAUGUCUUCUUCUGGAUGAGCACAUUGUCUCCAAACAGCAGAGCGUCAGUGAAUAUUUUUCUCCCACUCUGAGCACAAUGAGAAGAGGCGAUGACCUCGUUCUACGUUCCUUCAAGUAUUAGGCUGCUGUUUUAGAUGAAACAUGUC